AUGCGAUCAACAAUUCGUUAUAUGACAACUAAAAUGACAUCAAUGUCAUCAAUGAUCCAAUCAUCAACCAGACCUGAAGGUGAUAUUUCCUCUGUCUUUGCCUCUCUCUCUGGUGACGACAUGAACAAGCCUUUGGAGCCUCGAUUUGCAGAUUUGAAAAGAGAAAUUAUUCAAGAUCACACGAAACAAGUUAAAGAUAGUUGGUAUCGUUUACUCGAUGCUCUAAAACGCGAAAUUUCUAUUAUUCGUUCGUCUAGUAAAACCGUUAUUCCUCAAGUUAAUUUUAAUGACAUGAAAAAUCUUUCAUCCGACGUAUGCAAUGAAAUUCGAACUCGUGGUGUGAUAGUUGUUCGUGAUGUUUUGCCGGAUGAUUAUGCAUUAAAACUGAAAAUGGAUGUUGAAAACUAUAUUAAACAGAAUCCACAUACUAAAGCAUUUCCGCAGGAUAAACCAGUCGUCUACGAAUUGUAUUGGUCUCCUGCACAGAUUCAUGCUCGAGCCGAUUCUCGAGUUCUCGAAGCAUUAACAUUCGCCAAUUCAUUCUGGCAUGCAUCACCUUCAACUGAGAUCUCUUUGAAAGAGAACACAAUGUAUGUUGAUCGUCUACGAAUUCGUAAACCUGGUGAUGCUCAAUUUGCUCUUGGUCCACAUGUCGAUGGAGGUGGCAUUGAACGAUGGGAAGAUCCAGAAUAUCGAUCAUGUUAUACACCUAUAUUUGAAGGUCAUUGGGAAAAACAUGACUCUUUCGACGCUACUCACCGUGUUCGAGCACAAAUGUGUCUUUACAAUACUGCGGGUGGUUGUAGUGCCUUUCGCUCUUGGCAAGGUUGGCUUAGUCUUUCCACUGUCAGUCCAGGUGAAGGAGGACUUUUGGUCAAUCCACUUUUAAAAUUUGCCACACCUUACUGGCUUCUUAGACCUUUCUUUACACAAAGAAGAAAGGAUGAUGACUGGCAAAUCGAUACAUCGAGCAUUUGGCAAGGUGCCACUCCUGGUCGUGGACAAGAAAUGAAUGAUUCGUUACAUCCUCAUCUAGAAUUAUCUACUUCGAUGGUUUCAAUUCCCAAAGUACGUCCAGGUGAUAUGGUUUUUUGGCAUUGUGAUACCAUUCACGCUGUUGAUACUGUUCAUCGUGGCCAAUCGGAUUCAAGCGUUUUCUACAUUCCAGCAGCACCUUUAUGUCAAGUCAAUGUUGAAUAUCUUACUCGACAACGUGAUAAUUUUCAACACGGUAUUCCACCACCUGACUUUCCUGGUGGACAAGGUGAAUCACGUCAUGUUGGAAGAGCAAACCCUGAAAAUGUCAAAACAGUCGAGGGUAGACGUGCCAUGGGUCUUCAAUCGUUCGAAAUCAAACCAAAUAUGACAUCAGGCGAAAAGGAAAUUGUUUUAAAAGCAAACAAUAUUUUGAACUUGUGA